AUGAUGGGAUUUCUCUGCUCUAUUCCUGCUUUGCAGAACCCAGGAGUUGACUUUGGAGAUGUUUCAGAAAGAUUAGCUCUACGACAGCGACUGCAGUGCCGGAGUUUUAAGUGGUACCUGGAGAACGUCUAUCCUGAAAUGAGGGUUUACAACAAUACAAUCACUUAUGGAGAGGUACGUAACAGCAAAGCUAGUGGCUACUGUUUAGAUCAGGGAGCAGAAGAUGAUGACAAAGCGAUCCUCUACCCAUGCCAUGGAAUGUCCUCCCAGCUUGUCCGCUAUAGUUCUGAAGGGCUCCUGCAGUUAGGGCCUUUGGGCUCUACGGCCUUUCUGCCUGACUCCAAAUGUCUCAUUGAUGAUGGGAAAGGCAGGACCCCUACUCUGAAGAAAUGUGAAGAUGUCUUGAGACCAGCACAAAGACUCUGGGAUUUUACACAGAAUGGUCCAAUCAUCAGCAGAAACACUGGACGGUGUCUAGAAGUGGAAAUGUCAAAAGAUGCCAAUUUUGGGCUCAGACUUGUGGUACAAAGGUGCUCGGGGCAAAAAUGGAUGAUUAGAAACUGGAUAAAACAUGGUCGACAUUGACUACUGGGGCUGAGAAGCCACCGUCCAUUGCUCGGUGUGCGAUACCCUUCAAGGCAUUUGUGUUAAAGCAGACUACUGUGAAAAGGAGUUGACUACCCAGGGCCAUGGACUGUUAGGCACAGGUUAACAAACAGGCAAAUAAGCAUCCUGCCUGACUCUCCCUCAGAUCAAUGGAUGCCCUGGAAAUCUUGGGAUGGUCAAACAACAGAGAAGUGGGCUCAUUCCAGCUCUCCCAGAGGAAUUAAAAGACAGCUGUGUCUGUGAUGAGUUCAAAGGGGAGUUUCCUCUCCUGCCUCAUUAAAAAGAAUCCUCUGAUGGAUAGCUUUUUAGCUUUAAGUUAUUGACUGGUACACAACUGCUAUGAUGAAUAAUCAUGUGCCUUUUCUACUGUACUUCCUAUACAAGUGGACUUGGAAAUCCCAUCUUUUCAGCAUGUCUGGUUCAUUGUACUAAACAGCUAAAAACUGUGAAUAAAUAACACUGCAAAAUAUGA